GUCAGAUGAAUUCCAGCCUGAGUGACGAAGGCAGUGUGUGCAAAUGAGGAGGGGAGCGUGCAUGCAUGUGCGUGAGCGUGGACGAAUCAGAGCGGGCUAGAGACAGAGAGUGAGGGGUGGAUUGUGUGGGAGAACGACAGGAGGAAAUCCAGGCAGCAGGAGGAAAGGGGGCAUAAAGGGAGGAAGGAAAAAAGGGGGGCAGGAGGAAGAAAGAAGACAAGACAAGGGGACCCAACCUGAGAGGGACGAUGGCUGAGCCGGAGCUGAAGUCACGGAGCAGUAGUGAGCGUGUGUCCAAGGCGGCGAGCCAGGAGAAGCUCGGGGCAGCCGAUGCAGACCCAGACCCAGAUGGUCUCAUCGAGGAGCGGCCGGCCUCUCCAUCUGCCUCCCUGGUCCCUGCUCCAACGGCCGCCAGCCCCACCGACGUGGCCCCUGCCAAAGGGGAGAAGAUCGAGCUCAAGCGCAGCAUCACCCUCUUCAACGGCGUGGGGAUGAUCAUCGGCACCAUCAUCGGCUCGGGCAUCUUCGUCUCCCCGUCAGGUGUGGUCAAAGAGACGGGCUCCACCGGGCUCUCCCUCAUCAUCUGGUCGGUGUGCGGAGUGAUCUCCACCAUGGGCGCCCUGUGCUACGCCGAGCUGGGCACAACCAUCACCAAGUCCGGGGGGGACUACACUUACAUCCUGGAGGUGUACGGCGAGCUGGCGGCCUUCCUGAAGCUGUGGGUGGAGAUGCUCAUCAUUCGGCCGUCGUCGCAGUACGUGGUGUCGCUGGUGUUCGCCACGUAUCUCCUGAAACCUCUCUACCCAGACUGCCCUGUGCCCGAAAGUGCUGCCAAGCUCAUUGCCUGCCUGUGUCUCACGUCCCUGACAUUCGUAAACUGCAUCAGUGUGAGAGCAGCCACCAAAGUGCAGGACUUGUUCACGGCCUCCAAGUUGGUGGCUCUGCUCAUCAUCAUCCUCUUUGGCUUCAUUCAGAUCUCCACAGGUGAUGUGCCGUACCUUAUGCCAGACAGGGCAUUUGAAGGCAGCAAACUGGGGGUCGACAACAUUGUCUUGGCGUUAUACAGCGGCCUCUUUGCUUUUGGAGGCUGGAACUACCUGAAUUACGUCACCGGGGAGAUGAUCAAUCCAGAGAGGAACCUGCCUUUGGCUAUCAUCAUCUCCAUGCCCAUAGUGACUGUGGUGUAUGUUCUGACCAACCUGGCCUACUUCACCACCAUCUCCCCUGAAGUUAUGGUCGAGUCCGAGGCUGUUGCCGUGAGUUUCGGGGAGUACCAUCUCGGCGUGAUGUCCUGGCUGAUUCCUGUCUUUGUGGGACUGUCCUGCUUUGGAGCCGUCAACGGAUCCCUCUUCACCUCAGCACGGUUGUUCUAUGCUGGAGCUCAAGAGGGUCAACUCCCCGCAGCUCUGGGAUUGGUUCACUCAGACCUUUUCACUCCAGUGCCGUCCCUCAUCUUCACAUGUUUUCUGUCCAUGAUGUACGCCAUCUCCAAGGACAUCUUCUCUGUCAUCAACCUCUUCAGCUUCUUCACCUGGCUCUGUGUUGGUAUGGCGAUCGCAGGUUUGAUCUGGCUGCGCUUCACCAAGCCCGACCUCAGGAGGCCAAUUAAGGUGUAUCUGUUCAUCCCUGUGACUUUCGUUUUGGGCUGUAUCUUCAUGAUCAUCGUGUCGUUCUGGGCGGCUCCCUUCGAGUGCCUGAUCGGCAGCGGCAUCAUUCUCACAGGUAUCCCAGCGUACCUACUGGGCUUCAAGUGGAAGAAACCCCAUGUGGUCAGGAAGAUGUUGGAAAUCUUCACCACGUCCUGUCAGAAGAUCCUCAUGUCUGUUCCCGAGGAGAGGGCGAAACACGAGGCGGUGGAGUGAUGCUGCACACACAGAACAAGAUUAAGGACUGACGCAAUCACAUUUUUGUCUGAACAUUCUCAAAGUGUUUACGCUCAUUCAUGCGUGAUUCAGCUACAGCAGUUUAUAUUUUGAAACCUUUAUUUAACCAGCCAGGUAGUUGGUAUAUCAAGGAGGAGCCUGGCCAUCUCGGUUAAAGAGUUUUUAUUUAUGUAUGCUCUUCUGUACAAAGUAAGUGGACAUUUGUUUAUGAAAACAACAAUGUUAACAAUUGAAAUUCAGACAUUUUACCGGAUUUUUGUUCAAAAUCUGUUACACAGUUACAUCUCCUGUUAAUGCUGGAACAUGCUUUUAAGUUGCACGUUUGUUAGAGAGUCACUGUCGCAGGCACCUACUGAAAUUGAUUGUGCACUGAACACAUAGCACCAGAAGCGCCAGCAAUUCUAGAAGUGGCCUCAAACAACAAGUUUGCCAUAAACGACAUGUUCGAAUGAGAAUUUGUUUAUACAUUCUUUACUUUUACUAAACACUAACAACGAGAAGCACAUAUUGUUUAUUAUAGUUUAGAGCUUUAGGGAAUACUAAGCUGUGAGUCAAAGUUGAAAUUUGUGUACAGAGUAUAAAUCAACAAGGUCAGGUUUGAAAGAAGAAGUGGUUAAUUAACGACAGCAAAUCUGAUUAGAUGAUACACAAAAGCUACUAAUAUUCAUUUUAAAUAAAUAUUGAUUUCUAUAUUUGUAUUUUUUUGUAUUGAUUUGUAAACUGAGUCCACAGCACUAAAGCACAAAAAAAGACAAAGCUGUGUGUGUAAUGUUUCCUUAAGAUGUGUUGCUGUGAAACAGGUCUGUUUCUCGUACCGUUUUAUUUUCGGUGUCAGCGCUCCAUGUGAUGAUAUUUGAUGGAUAUCUGAGGAUCUGUAUAGAUGUAACGUUAGCAGCUGUAUUUAGGAAACUUCAUUGUAGUGUUUUGUAUCUUUUAUCCUUGAUCUGUGCCAGCUGUGGUGGUGCUCCUGUUACCUUUUAUUUUUGUCUUAUUGUCACUGUAAGACCAAAAUGAAUGUUGCAAAAUAAGUUUUUUUAUUGGGAAGUUGCCUAUAAAG